AUUCAAGAUGGCUAGAUGUUACGAUGGUGUCUUAGACUUUUGUCGUUAACUUUAUUUGUUUUGUGUGAAAAAGUGCUGUUUUCACUAUGGCUGACUUAAGUGUUGAUAUAUCAAAGUUGCCUGACGAGAUUAGAGAUAAGUUGGCUGAGUUGGACUUGGAGUUGUCUGAAGGUGACAUCACACAAAAGGGAUAUGAAAAGAAACGCACGCGACUUCUUCAGCCUUACACAGCGCAGCAGCAACCUCAAGGGUAUAUUACAGCGGGCAAUCAACUGCCUCGCGGACCUCGCGGCGACAGUGGUAGCGGCCGACAGCUCACAAGGAAUCGUCGGACACACCGACGGGUCACGCACAAUGAGAAGAGAUACCAUUCAGAAGUGCGACAGGAAGCAGUGCAACAGGCGCUCGCAGAAAUGCAGAACCGGCCAAAACCAUCUCUUCCCAUGCCAUCUAAACGAACCUCAAUGAUGGCCAAAAGUCCUGACAGAGAGAGACACGAUCUAUCAUCAAGUUCAGACGAAGACUCGUGUGCCGGCGACACUGAGCUACCACCACCUCCCGAGCUGGGUUCACCACCAGCUCGCCGACCCGCCGCCCCGCACCCCCGCGCCCAUCCACACCCUCUGCCGCAACUGCACCACCAGAGGGAGAAGAAACACGCGCCCAGGGAAAAGACAGAAAUAGACCUUUCAGAAAUUACACAUCUUCCAACGUAUAUUCAGCCAGAUGUAACACACACGACGUCUGGGGCCCGACGUGGUGGCGCUCAUAUUGCAGACCGCGUGCAGUGUUACGCCCAACCGGAAGAUACGGGGACUGGCACCGGCAGAUGGAAGGUGUCAGCCAAAAUACAACAACUCCUUAAUACGCUAAAGCGACCCAAGCGCAGACCGUUACCAGAAUUCUACGAAGACGAUGACAUAGAGUUAGAGAUUGCAGCCAAUCCAAAAGAUCCUAAUGCGCCGAAACCAGAAGGCGGCACCAUGACACCUGCUGUUGGCGAACAGCUCGUGGUGCCAGCUGGUCUGCCGAGAAACCUCGAAGCAGCUCUACAAAGAUACGGAACAGCGUCCUUUAAAGCAAACGUCGCCACUGUACUAGAUCCUAACGGAAAACUUAGUAACUCACUCACAUUUGGGAAGCUACUGAGCAGAUCUCUGAAAAUAGCGCAUGCAGUAUUAAAUAGAACGUUUACUUCGAAAAGCAGUAGCGGCGGUCCACUCACUGGAGACAAUUCAAUUAAGCCUGGCGACAGGGUGGCGUUAGUGUAUCCUAACAAUGAUCCAAUCAAUUUCAUGUGCGCCUUUUACGGCUGUCUGCAAGCGGGCAUCGUUCCCGUGCCUAUAGAAGUGCCAUUGACUAGACGCGACGCGGGUCUCCAACAAGUCGGUUUUCUGCUCGGCUCGUGUGGUAUCCAGUAUGCUUUGACUUCUGAUGCUUGCUUGAAAGGUUUACCGAAAACAUCAUCUGGUGAUGUGGUGUCUUUUCGGGGCUGGCCAUCAUUGCAGUGGGUGUCAACGGAGAAGCUGCCGAGGCCGCCUCGCGAUUGGAUACCUCCGCCGCGACCCUUGGAGGACUGUCCAGCGCACAUUGAACACACAUCUGCUGCAGACGGAUCUGCUAUGGGCGUCAUUGUUACUCGGGCAUCAAUGUUGGCACAAUGUCGAAUGCUCUCCGUGGCUUGCAACUACACCGAAGGGGAGCACAUGGUUUGUGUUCUAGACUUCAAAAGGGAGACUGGACUGUGGCAUGCUGUGCUGGCAAGCGUCCUAAAUGGAAUGCACGUUAUAUUCAUACCAUACGCCCUUAUGAAAGUCAGCCCAGCUUCGUGGAUGCACAUGAUAACAAAAUACAGGGCGUCAGUAGCUAUCGUGAAGUCACGUGAUCUCCACUGGGGUCUACUGGCCACACGCGAUCAUAAGGAGAUCUCAUUGAGCUCUCUAAGGAUGCUUUUGGUGGCCGAUGGUGCUAAUCCAUGGUCCUUGUCUUCAUGCGAUCAAUUCCUUUCCAUAUUUCAAAGCAAAGGUGUACGGGGAGAUGCCAUUUGCCCAUGCGCUUGCAGUAGCGAAUCGCUUACAGUGUGUGUCCGGCGCGCCGGACGUGGAGGAUCAUCAGCUGGACGCGGCGUUCUCUCAAUGUCCGGCCUCUCGUACGGCGUUGUCAGGGUGGACGCAGAAAACUCUCUAACUUCACUCACACUUCAAGAUUGUGGACAAGUCAUGCCGUCGUGCGUAAUUGUGGUGGUGAAAAUGGAAGGGCCAGCAUACCUGUGCAAGACCGAUGAAGUGGGUGAAAUUUGCGUUCUGUCCGGGGCAACCGGAUCCGGCUAUUGGGGGCUACCGGGCCUUACGAACACGGUGUUCCGGGUUCAACCGCUCGACUCUGAUGGUGAACCCAUCGGCGAAGAGCACUAUGUCCGCAGUGGGUUACUUGGAUUCCUGGGACCGGGUGGAUUGGUAUUCGUAUGCGGUUCUCGCGAUGGCCUUAUGACUGUUACGGGGCGCAAACACAACAUGGACGAUAUAAUAGCUACAGUCCUCGCCGUAGAGCCCAUGAAAUUCAUAUACAGGGGACGGAUCGCUGUGUUCUCUGUUCGGGUCUUACGCGAUGAGCGUAUUUGUAUCGUGGCUGAGCAACGACCGGACUGUGGAGAAGAAGAGUCUUUCCAAUGGAUGUCCCGCGUGCUGCAAGCCGUGGAUUCUAUCCAUCAAGUAGGCAUAUAUUGCCUUGCUCUCGUGCAACCGAACUAUCUCCCUAAAACGCCCCUCGGCGGUAUACAUCUUAGUGAAUGCAAGAGACGCUUCCUUGAAGGGACUCUGCAUCCCGCCAACGUGCUGAUGUGCCCACACACGUGUGUUACCAACUUACCCAAACCUAGGGAAAUACAUUCAGCAGAUGUUGGGCCGGCCUCAGUAAUAGUGGGUAAUUUGGUCCAAGGCAAUCGACUUGCUUCUGCCCAGGGUCGUGAUAUGGGAUACACGGAUGACUCUGACGCCGCUCGAAAGUAUCAAUUCAUAUCACAAAUACUCAGGUGGCGCGCACAGAGUACGUCAGAUCAUGUAAUAUUUACAUUGCUCAAUUCAAAAGGUGCUGUAUCCAAAGUUUUGACUUGUGCCGAAUUACACAAGAAAGCCGAGAGAAUCGGCAACCUGUUAUUAGAAAAAGGUCGCGUCAAUACAGGAGACCAUGUGGCGCUAAUAUUCCCACCGGGACUUGAUCUCAUUUGCGCUUUCUACGGUUGUUUAUACGUGGGCGCAGUUCCGGUGACUAUAAGGCCGCCUCAUCCUCAGAACCUCCACACGACAUUACCGACGGUCCGAAUGAUCGUAGACGUGAGCAAAGCGACGCUAGUCCUCUCAAACCAAUCUGUGAUAAAACUGCUCAGAUCUAAAGAAGCUAGUAAUGUCCUCGAUAGCAAAGCUUGGCCAAUAACUCUCGAUACGGACGACAUGCCCAAGAAGAAAUUACCUAUUUUAUACAGAGCUCCGACAGCAGAGAUGCUCGCGUAUUUGGAUUUUAGCGUGUCUACUACGGGCAUGCUAGCCGGAAUCAAAAUGUCGCACGCAGCAGUUACAUCACUCUGCCGGUCAAUGAAAAUAGCCUGCGAAUUGUACCCAUCUCGGCACAUAGCACUGUGUCUCGAUCCGUACUGCGGACUGGGAUUCGUACUAUGGUGUCUCAGCAGUAUCUAUUCAGGGCAUCACUCAAUCCUGAUUCCCCCUUCGGAGGUGGAAAUAAAUCCCGGCCUUUGGCUAAGCGCAGUCUCACAGUACAAAGUGCGCGACACGUUUUGCUCAUACGGUGUUAUGGAACUAUGCACUAAAGGCUUGGGUAGUUCUGUGAAUCAACUCAAAGCAAAGGGUAUUAACUUGGCGUGCGUAAGGACGUGUGUUGUAGUUGCAGAAGAGCGACCGAGAAUCAACUUGACCAACUCGUUUUCCAAACUUUUCUCGGCCCUCGGUCUGAGCCCGAGAGCAGUGUCGACGUCUUUCGGAUGCCGAGUGAACAUUGCUAUAUGUCUACAAGGCGCGAGUAGUCCAGAGCCAUCUACUGUAUACGUAGAUCUAAGGGCUCUAAGGAACGACCGCGUGUCUUUAGUCGAACGUGGCAGUCCACACUCCCUUUGCUUAAUGGAGUCCGGUAAAUUGCUGCCGGGGGUUAAAGUGAUUACUGCAAACCCGGAGACUAAAGGGCAAUGUGGAGAUUCUCAUUUAGGAGAGAUAUGGGUGCAGUCCCCUCAUAACGCAAGCGGUUAUUUUACAAUUUACGGCGAUGAGAGCGAUUAUGCUGAUCAUUUCAGUGCCCAGCUUGUUACUGGAAACACUGGGGAAGUUUAUGCGCGAACUGGAUACUUGGGAUUCUUGAGGCGAACAGAGAUAAGUACGACCGCUGUUGGAAGCGACGACACUUCUAUAAUGACACGCGACAGCGACACAGAGUCUUUAGCCUCCGCCUGUGGAAGUGUCUCUGGCCUGGGCUCUUCGGACUCCCAUGAUACCCACGACGCCGUUUUUGUUGUGGGUGCGCUCGAUGAAACGAUCAUGCUUCGAGGAAUGCGGUACCAUCCUAUUGAUAUUGAAAACUCAGUGAUGAGGUGCCAUAAGAAGAUUGCCGAAUGCGCCGUCUUCACGUGGACCAACUUGCUAGUCGUUGUAGUGGAACUCGACGGCAACGACAGCGAAGCACUCAACCUGGUCCCGCUGGUGACUAAUACUGUACUCGAGGAACAUCACCUGAUAGUUGGAGUAGUCGUUGUCGUGGAUCCAGGUGUGGUGCCGAUCAACUCCCGCGGUGAAAAACAGCGCAUGCACCUGCGAGACGGGUUCCUAUCCGAUCAAAUCGACGCAAUAUAUAUCGCGUAUAAUAUGUAAAUCUGUUUUGGCGGCAUUUUGCAUCAUUGGCCAUUGCCUAAAUCGGGUUCCAAAAUACUAUAUAUCAAUGUAAAAACUUUUUGGUGACUUGAAGUGCCCGAUCUGAACGGUCCCAUCGUUAAUAAGUAAGUUCCAGUUUAGAGUCAACACAGAUUACCUAUUCGACUGUUUUAGAGUUAUAUAUUAAUUAUAUUUAAUUUUUAUUACUAUAAUAUUUUGUUACGUGUGUGUAAGUACUUUGAAUUUGUGUCAUUUUUGUUUCUGUGGGAAUAUAGUUUGCAAUAUUUUUUUUUUCAAAUUGAUGUUUUAUGUUGCUUAAAGCAAAGCUUUAAAUGAUUUAUUUUCUUAGUGAGUUGUUACGUCUGGCUCAAAUUACUCAAAUGAAAGCUUGUUAUAUGUUGAUAAACACUUUAUUAUGUAUAAAAACAGUGUACUGCACUAUUGCAUUUCUUUAAUGUAGGUAUAUUGACACAAGACUGCAAGACUGACAAGAUUUUACUUAAAAUCGCUUUAAAUUUUCGAGUCAAAACGUCUUGUGUCUUAAAAACACUUAAUUAAAAAAAAAACUAUCAAUACUAUAAGAUUGUUCGAUAUUUUGGACAGCCAUUGCGUAUUGUCACUAGAAAAAAGUCGAAUUCCAACCUACUGGUAUUUAAUUUCAUAUUACAAAUAGAUUUUGCGUCUCACUCGUUUUUCAUUAUAAAAAACAAUUCGUAAUGGCACAAUAUUUUUUAAUUAUCUAACUUUACACCCAACGGGUUCUUGAUAGGACGCAUCCAGACUGGCGGGCUACUAGUUUUGACUCGCGUCUUUUAGCGCUAAGCAUUUUCUCUUGUAAGGUAUACGGACAUUGAGAUAUAUUUUAGGGAGAUGUCAUAGUCAAUGAGUAUUCAGCAUUGUAAUUUUAUAUAAACAAUUGGGUGUUUGACUAAAAUCAUCACAAUAUCAGCUAAACGAUUUUAGAAGUAUUCAAGGGGAAAAUGUCGCUAGGUUAAGUUUUUUAACUGAAAUGACCAUUAAAACUAUUAGGUGAAUCGAGAAAGUUAGUCAAGUUUGUACACAAUAUAAAUCAUCCCGAUGAACCUCCAUAUUUUAUCUAUUAAUAAUCCGUAAUUCUGGAAAGAUUAUUCUAGUUAUAUAUUAUUCAAAUAAGUUGGCAAAAUUUUGCGACGUUGACAUAUUGGUCGCGCAUUGGGCUGUUGUAUGCGCAGAAUAUAAAAACUUUAAAUAUAGUCGAACUUCGAUUUCAGAAUUUUCGACUCUUUCUUAAUAUUAUUUCUCGAUCUUUUUUAAUAUUAUUAUAAAAGAGGAUAGUUUACAUAUGAGAUUGAAACCACGACCAAUAAAUAGCAACAAACCUUAUCAUCCCUGCUUUUAUAGAUAAUGCAUACCCACAAUUUAUGGCAUCACAAUGUGAAAGCUAAUUAAGAGUUAUUUUUUUUAACAGUGAAUUGAAGAACUUCUGGCCAUUUGUAGAUGACUAUUAGUAAUGGUUUAAAACGUUGGAACCAAAGACAUCUAUAGUUGGUUGUUAAAGCUAGUUUUUCUCGAGCGAUUAAACGAUAGCGCAAUUCGCUAAUCUGCCAAAUUAAUAUGCGUUGUCAAAUUAUCAAAGGCUUCCACUAAUCGCCCUUAUAAACAGAUCCGUUUGUCCAUGUGACUUUAGUUUACAUAAAGUUUUGUUAUAAUAAAGUAUCAUGGGCUCAAUUCAAAAGGUUUAAAUAUAAAUGUUAUCGAUUCUAUUUUAUCACAUAUCACAAUGAAAGUGAUUGUCAAAGUAGUUACCAGGUAUUCACAUUACUGAUUUUUUAUAACACCAAGCACAAUAUAACAAUAUUAAAGAUAUUUUUAGUCGCCCUCAAUGCUCUUAUACAAUUAUAAAAUUAAUUAAUUAAAAUCACGUCAAAUGCCCAAUUAUAUUGUUGUGAUUAUUACGAAACAAGUUAUUUCUAAUACUAGUUUAUAUGUAAAUGUAAUUUUAUUGCCGCUGGCAAUUUUAUAUUUAGAGUUAGUGAUUCAUAAAAAUAUACUGCAUUUAAUUUGUUAGUUCCAUGUUUAUGUUUUUAUUUCUAUCAUUGACAAUAAAAUCUGGAUCGGGAUUUGCGAUAUUGCAGUUAAUAUUCUAAGAAAUGUAGCGUUUAGGUACCUGUCAUAAAAAAAGUAUGUAAAGGUAUUUCGACGUGCUUUGUGGAUAUGGCAAAUACUUGGAUACUAUGGGUUGUCAUACCAUUUCACUGCUUUUAAUGAUGACUUUUCCAUAGAGAAAGUAUAUGAAGCAAACAGAAGUUAGAGCUUCACGUAAAUUAUGUUCAGCAUCGCACGAUCUCUCGUCUUUCUUCGUAAUAUUAAUAAAUAUUUAUAUGUAUCUGAGUGUUUCCCUCGAUUUCCAUUGAUGUAAGACUAAAUUCAAAUUUAAUGUCAUGUUACGCGCGGCUGUGAAAUAAUGAUUGAAGGAAGCUUAAGGUUUUCGUGGGAGAAGAUAAGAGCAUUUUCACUGUCGGGCCUAUGUCGAUGGCAUAUGAUUGGAUCUCUUACAGUGUUCCUCUCCAUAUCAUUUACUGUUUAUUAUUCAGGUCCUAAAUGAAUAAAACGAUUCAAAUUACUCAGGCAGAAUAAUGUUGUUGCAUUAUUUAUUAAAGUAAAUCAAUUACGUUAACUAAUCGUCAAGUGAAAGUGCCACUAGCUCGCUUACAGCGACUCAUUGCUGUCGCGUGGAAUAUGACGGCUAAUUUGAAUGCACCCGAGCACUUGCGGAUGGGUGGUUUCUUCAUGCUAUUUUUGAUGUUCCCAUCGGUUUAAUAACCACAGGGAAAAGCAUGAAUCAUUGGUAUCUGUGCCAAUAACCUCACAUGUCUUUCAUGAAUAUUAUAUUAAUUAAAUGUACUCGUAGUAACUGGGUACAGUAAUUUAUAAUCAAAGGGUACAAUAUUAAUUAGAUAUUCUUGGGAUAAGACAUAAUGUGGGCUUGGAGCACUAUUUCUAGUAGAUUAUAUUGUUUUCAAUACAUUUGCUCGUAAAGUGUUUUAAAUUUUACCUUUGUGCUAACUUUAAAUUUGAUUUUGGCAGACUGUGUAAUAUAUUAGCGCAGAGUCUUUGGCAGACUGUGCUGUAUCAUUAGCAGCAGUAAGUGUUGUCGCGGGUUGUUUUUACUUACAAAUGUAUUGAAAGAUGUAGUAUGAUACACGUGUGCACUGUCAUUGUAACUGCAUAAAAUUUGCGCCUGAACGCGCACUUGUAUAAUAAAUUACUAUUAUAAAUCGUAAGAUGUCAGUAUCUUGAAUAAAGUAAUAUUAUAUUAUGACAUGUCUAAAUGGGACGCAUCCGAGACAUGCUGUAGGAAAAUCAGUGUAGUGGUCGUAAGUUAAGUUUAAUGAUCAUUUUGCUUAUUAGCUUAUUCCAUUCCAGUAACUUUUCUCUAUAUUUAUAACUAUAUUAUUGUCAUGGAAAAUAUUGAAUUUAUUUUUUUCUACAAUAUUAUUAGAUUCUCUAAUUUAAGGCCCGUGUUAUGCAGGCAGUGUCAACCUCUAACCCGUCUGGUUUACAAUAAUUUAUUAUUUAUUAUUUUAUUGAUUAUUACUUAUUACUUUUAAUGUAAGGAUACAUCACCGUCGGUCUGUAUGUCCAAAUAUGGCUGUAAAUUUUAGUACUAAUAGUCACUAUUUAUACUGCGCAACACGCACGCACCUCUGGAAUUUACUAAGUUAUGUGCGUUUUAAGUAAUUAAAAUACUUGCUUUAACUGCAAAGGAAAACAUUGCGAGGAAACUUGCAUGCCUGUGAGUUCUCCAUAAUAUUCUCAAAGGCGUGAAAAGUUCAACAAUCCGCAAUGUGGCAACGCGGUGGACUACGGCCUAAACUCUUCUCAUUGUGGGAGGAGACCCGUGCCCUGUAGUGGGCCCAGUAAUGGGUUUACGAUGAUUAUGAUGAUCUAUGAUAUUACGAAAACAUAUAUAAAAACUAGCAACAGGUAUAAUGUAUUGCAUUUUAGCAAACAUUAUACCUACGUAUAAAGCAGAAUUCAUUUUAUUAUUCUAUCAUAAACAAAUUUUAAUUUUUUUACGGACUGCGAAAGAAACAACCCCGUAAGUACGUUGGCCUGAGCAAAACUCAGCAAUAUUAUAUUUACAUACAAUAUAAUAUAUAAGUCCAGUGCAAAAUCAACUAGUCUUAUCCCUUUACAAUAAAUCAUACUUGUGGCUAUAUUUUGGUAGGUAACCCUGAAGAAACGUUUUCCUGCACUAGUAUUAAUGUACUUUUAGUAAUGACGCACAUAGGUUUGGGGUUCACACCGCCUAAUAACAGGCUAUCUAUAACUUUGUACUCUAUUUUUUGUAAUUAUUUAUUGCUAAAUUGUACAUAUAAUUUUGUUGUUUAUUUUUAUGUUAAAAUGAUUUUCGUUUAGCCCUAUAUUAUUUUUAUUAGUCAGUGAAGUAGUAUUAGGACAAAUUAAAUUGAUUUAUAAUAAAUUAAUGAAUUGACGGUAUUCGGAAUUCCUUUAUUUUCUUUUACUUUAUAAAAGUAUAAUUUCUAUCGUAUUUUCAAACAUAGUCAUGUUAAAACAUAAGUAUAAAAGUAGUUCUAUAAAUCUGAUUAGUGAACAAAUGUCUUAUUUGUAAUCCUUCUUUAAAAUAAUGCAUAAUGUAUUGGUUCGAGGUCCUGCAGAAAGGUUCAAUUUUAAUUCUCAAAAUUGGAAUCGGGUGUAUUUUCAAGACUUCGUUUAUAAAUACAUUAAAUAGUAUUAUUAAAAAUAUGUAACGCACAAAAUUGUAAGCAUUUUGGCAACUUUUUGGACAUUCGUGGUUUAUGGAAGGUUUCCCUUCCAAUGUUUUUACUUCAUUGCCAAAAAUGAACUGUUGGGACUUUGUAACCGCUUUUACAAUUGUGAUUUUUUCUGAUGUAUGAGUAAAUAAACAUGCAACCUGA